ACUGUCCUGCAAGAUACUUGGCGCUCUGUCACCCUAACUGUAGAAGUCCCAGAUCCCCACAAAGCUAAGGCUCAACCUACCCUAGGUGCUGAGCCCUGACCCCCAGACCCUGGGCCUCCCGUAUCCUCUUUCCACAGCAACUCAGGUCCCAUCCGAUCUCUCCCCGCAGGUCGUGUCCAGGAAGAUGAACUGGCCUGCUGCCACAUGCUGGGCUCUGCUACUGGCUGCGGCCUUCCUCUGCGACAGCGGCGCGGCUAAGGGAGGACGUGGGGGCGCCCGGGGCAGCGCCCGUGGGGGGCUGCGUGGCGGCGCGCGCGGGGCACCCAGGGUGCGCGUGAGGCCCGCGCCCCGCUACGGCUCCUCGCUGCGUGGGGCGGCGGCGGGGGCGGCGGCUGGAGCGGCCGCGGGCCUGGCUGCAGGCUCAGGCUGGAGAAGGACCGCAGGGCCCGGGGACCGCGGUCUGGAGGAAGACGAGGACGCUGACCUAGGCGGCAACGGGACAGGACGAGGUGUCUACAGCUACUGGGCCUGGACUUCGGGCACGGGACCCACCCGAGACCGGUGCCUCUGCCUGCUGCUGGGCGGCGCCCUUGGUGCUUUGGGACUGCUUCAGCCCUAGCCCUGAGUGGAAUGCCAAAUUGGGUGGCCACUCCCCAGGCCCUUAGGGCCACC